AUGGGAGAAGACAGGUGGCCAAAAAUCUGCCUAAGAGAAGAAAUGAGAGGUAUAUUGAACAGGCAGCCAUCAAAGUGGGGAGAAAAAAUAAAAAUGUUAGUGAAAGAGAUGGAAUGUGAAAGAGUUAUAGAACUGAUAUAUAAUAAUGCGGAGAUAGAAGUGAUAGAAGAAGAAAUAAAAAAUGGCUUGGAGGUGUAUAAAAAAAUGAUGGAGAAAAAAGUAGAAGAAAAAAUAAAUAAUUCCACGUACAGUAAUCUAUACAAAAAACUAGUGCUGACAAACGAAACAGAAAACUACUGGUGUGAUAAAGAGGUGAAAAACACGGACAAAGAAAUAUGGGCGAGAGCUAGAUCCGGUAAUUUGACACGUGCGGGAAAAAAAAAGGUAUAA